CUCAUUGGCUCUCUCGCUUGUCAGUUACAUUUAUCGCCUCAGGUACAGUAGAGCGUCCAAGAGACAGCCAGGAGGACACGUAGUGUUGUAGUUUCAGGUGUUUCACAUCGAGUUGGUGAGUUGGUCAACUUAGGGUCUCUUCCGUUUAUCUGUAGGAUGAGUGUGGGCUUCAUAGGUGCGGGCCAGCUGGCCCACGCUCUGGUGAGAGGCUUCACAGCUGCAGGCGUGAUUGCCACCCACAGAAUCACAGCCAGUUGCCCAGACACAGAUCUCCCCAGAGUACAGGGGCUAAGGAAAAUGGGUGUCAAUCUCACCAGCAGCAACAAAGAGGCGGUGAGCAAAAGUGAUGUUCUCUUCCUGGCUGUGAAGCCACACAUCAUCCCUUUUGUACUGGACGAGAUUGGACCAGACAUCGAAGACCGACACCUUAUUGUGUCCUGUGCUGCAGGAGUCACCAUCAGCUCUAUAGAGAAGAAGCUGCAGCAGUAUCGCCCUGAUCCGAAGGUGAUGCGGUGCAUGACAAACACUCCGGUGGUGGUGCGUGAGGGGGCCACUGUGUACGCCACGGGCACCCAUGCAGAAGUGGAGGAUGGAAGGCUUCUGGAGCAGCUGAUGGCCAGCGUGGGAUACUGCAUCGAGGUGGAAGAGGACCUGAUUGAUGCCGUCACCGGCCUCAGCGGCAGCGGUCCCGCUUACGCGUUUACAGCUGUAGAAGCUCUUGCUGACGGUGGAGUGAAAAUGGGCCUGCCCAGGAGACUUGCUGUACGCCUCGGAGCCCAAGCCCUGCUGGGGGCUGCUAAAAUGUUGUUAAGCUCAGACCAACACCCUGGGCAGCUCAAGGACAACGUGUGUUCACCAGGGGGCGCCACCAUCCACGCCCUGCAUGUCCUAGAGAGCGGUGGCUUCCGCAGCCUCCUCAUCAAAGCUGUAGAGGCCUCCUGUGUCAGGACUAGGGAACUUCAGUUUUUGGCCGACCAAGAGAAAAUCUCCCCAGCUGCCAUAAAGAAGACGACUCUGGACAAAGUGUACCAGCAGCCGGGAGUGACUGCGGAGGCUGUAGGAGUCAGACCUCGUGGAAUCAGUAUGUUCAGUAGCAGUAACCCCAGGACGAAGAAGAAGUGAUCUUUUUUUUUUUUUACAUUUAUAUUAACUCA